UACAAGCGUAACGGCUGAUAAGUUUCAAAAAUUCGCGUACAGUGAGAAUGUAAAAUUAAUACGUAAAAAUCGUAUUUUAAUAAUUAUACAUUCUAAAAUUAUUAGCAAUGGACAUCAAACAAGGACAAAGAAAACCACAAAACCGGCUUUUGAAGCUAUCUCUAAAGAAAAACAGGGUCAAAGUAGACCAAGAAACGAAGGAACUAAAUCGUAGUUCUGAUAUUAUGAUAAUCGACGAAUCUUUCGACAAAUUGGUCUCUGAUUUCCAAAACACCGUUCCAUCGAAAAUUUUCUCACCUAUUGUCAUCAAUGACUCAUUAAACACAACCAACGAAGAUGACAUAGUAACAAAUGACGAACCAAGUAAAUCUGGCAAUGUAUCUGUGAUCUCAAUAAAUGAUGUAGCGUCACCUAUUAAUAAUGAAAACAGCAGACCCAGCAUAGGUGGUUGGUCACCAGGGCAAAACAUAUUAUUUGCUACACCAAGAACAAAACCUGUACCCACCACUCCAAAAGAUGUACUCAACGAAUCCCUGGAACACUGCUCUACAUCAAAGAUACAACAAUCACAUCACAAACUGUUAAGUGAACUGUACGGCGAGACGUGGAAAUCUAUACCAUCGUUGUUUAAAUCUAUACGACAUAAACAUGACAAUAUUAAUGGAAUUUCCAAAAAGUUACACUUUGAUGACGAUGAAAGUGACAAGGAGAAUAUAAGACAUCUUUUGAAGCAAAAUAAAGAGUUAUACUUGACUGGGUCUGACUUGAAAAAUAGAAAAGGUGACAUAAGCAACAUCGAAAGGAAAUCUAAAAAGAAACUGUACACAGAAAAGGUUCCCAGUACACCAGAUUUACCUAAGCAACAACCGAAAUUGAAUAGAGAUGCAAAAACCACGAACACACCAGAACUGCCUAAGCAAUCAAUAAAACCCAAUAACAAUGUAAAAAUAACAAGCACUCCAAAACUACCUAAGCAGAAACCAAUGAACUUCAACAGAGAAGUAAAAACGACAAUAAAGAAACGUAAAGACAUGACCGUAACCGAAUUAGUGCGGGCUAUGCAGAAUGAUGUUGAUAAUUUGACAAAGAAAGUUCAAAGUGUACAUGUUACACAGAAUUCUGAUGAUCAUGUCAAAAGGCUAAGUUUUAUUGCUUCUUUGGCUGACAAUGUGCCAUCCUGGCGGUGUCACCCCGAAGCUCUGCAAUACCAUGACGACUACAAAACGCUCAAAGAAAAGCUCUCAAGGCGUCUUUAUGUGGAGUUUAAUAAAGUUGUAUUCAAUGACGCCAUGGAUUCUGAUAUGGUGAUCAUAUGGGAUGCAAAAUUCAGGAGUACUGCGGGUACAACGACAAAUCGCCUUAUAAAGACAGCGAGAGGUGAUCGUAUCCGGACGUCUAGUAUAAAGCUGUCUACAAAAGUGGUGGAUGCGGCUCAAAGGUUGCGGGAUACGCUCAUACACGAGAUGUGCCAUGCAGCCACGUGGCUCAUCGAUGGCGAGCUCAGAGCUGGUCACGGCCCUGUUUGGAAGAAAUGGGCCACGAGUGCACUGCACAAGUACCCAGAGCUGGGGGAGAUAUCCCGAUGCCACGACAUGGAGAUACACUUCAAGUAUUGCUACAAGUGCACCAAGUGUGGUUACAGCAUAAAACGUCACUCGAAAUCGAUAGAUAUAACGAAGAAGUGUUGCGGCUACUGCAGGGGAACAUUCGAGAUCAUUUUGAAUAAGAAAAACAAAGAUGGCGUCGUUGUAUCGACGCCGGCCAGGAAAGGAGGCCCCAACGACUUCGCACUGUACGUGAAGGAGAACUACGGAGCCCUAAAAACCGGCAGAACACAUGGGCAGAUAAUGAAAAUGCUUGGCGAACAGUUCUCGGCGAAGAAAAACAAUAAACAAUCCAGUGUUGAUAAUUUAAAUGAUUUAAGUAGCGAUUGAAGCUGCGAUAGCGCAGUGGGUAGGAGCUUGACUUCACUAUCGGGGCGCCGAGUUCGAAUCCCAGCAUGCACCUCUAAUUUUUUUUUUCUUAGCCGCAUUUUCAUUUUUUUAUCUUAAUUAAAAUCUCUAGUUAUAUACUAUAUUAUAUAUACCCCUACAUCCCCAUUUCCGGUGCUGAUAAUUUUACAUUAUACUAUUCCGUCUCUGAUUCUCUCACUCAAGUAAACGAAAUGAAAGUUAAAGCUAUUUUUGUACUGUCAUUUCGUUUACUUUAGGGAACGAGAGACCAUAGAUUUUCUGAAAAAAAAAAGACAUAUAAAAUUAAUGUACCAAAUACAUCAUUUAAUUGAGAAAAAAUAAGAGAUAACCUGAAAAUAACGUACGUACGUAACGUGAUCUUACUUUAGUAAGGCAUAUUAUGUCAAUAUUCUAAACGCAUUGACAUGACGGGUAUAUUGUUUAGUGUAUAUCUGUAUGUACAGAUGCGGGGCUUUAGUCAGAGAAUUUUUUUAGCGAGAAAAUUACCGUUUUAUUUCUAUAGAGAUAUUUGAAAGCAUCGAUAGACUGUCCACGGCUGGACAUAGGUCUUUAGAGUUAGUACCAAAACUUGGGACAUCUACGUCCAUCGGUUCUCCAAACUAUGUGGUAUUUAGAUUUGAUCACGUAGAGAUACUCAGAGCAUAGCUCUCUCCAUCGCCUUCAUACGAAGCCCAUAAUUAAUAGUUCGAAGACAGACAAUGACGAGUCGAGAUAAUUUUCUCGCGGUGCGCAUGCUAGCCCUGCUUGACCCGGUAGAAAAUUUGAAUUUACUGAUGCUUACAUUAGUAGUGUAUAUUCUACAUCAAUUUAUUGUAUUGACGGUUUUAAGACUUGGUAGGUAAGUAUACACUCGUUUGUUGAUGAAAAUAAUAUUAUUAUUAGACAUAUUUGUAAAUAUUUUAGAAAUAUUGUACUGGUUACAAUAACUAAAUGUAAUAAAGGCUGCUAAAAUAAUAAUGUACAUAUUUUGUAAAAUAUAUUAGAA